AUGGCGUCCCAUGGAAUAGAAUUGCGAAGAGGAGACGGUACAAACAGUGGUUUCGUAAGCAGUGACACUAGUGACAGUAUGUCAGCACUGAUAACAAACGAAAGUAGUGCCUCAGAACCAGAAGAAGUUAGGAGAACUCAGGAAAUUGAGAGAAACACAAGACGAAUGGGACUACAUAACCGUAGAAAGAUGUUAUACGAUUACAGUCAUCCCGCCCGAUUGAAUGUUAGGGUGGCGUCGCCAGAAAGCAAAGAGAGGAAGUCUGAAGGGAAGGUUCCACUGGAAACGACACCCGGAACUAAUAUAAUUAGGAGACAGGAAGGGUUGGGCCAAGAUCAAAAGAGACAAACACCAACAUCGACAUGGACACUAAGGUCAAUUCCAUCGCAUCGAUUUGGUUAUACACCGGAUUGGGCGGCGAUACAUCCGCAGGACGUACAUAGCGACAAAAGACGAGUGCAGAAAAUGUUUAG